AUGCCUUCCCUCGCGCUGACAGCGGUCGCGCUGCCCAUCGCCCUCACCCUCCUCCUGCUCCCGCCACUCGUACAGUACCACGCAUCCCUACCCGCACACCUCUCCGCCACCCAUCCUGGUCUGCGCGACACGCUCCUCUCAUUCUUCCGCCCCUCGUCGCUGCACCACUCGUCGAUCUCGAUAUGGACGCGCCUCGACCACGCAGCCCACCCGCUCGUCUCGCGCUUCGUCUCCAUAGCCCUCACGCCAACCCAGCGACAGUCCAUUCUCGACUUUGACAGGUGCUUCCCGGACCUCCUCGCCUCGUGCGGCCUGGCCGUGCUGGGCCUGUGGGCCACCUCGCUGGCGAUUCAAGGUACAAAGGACGUCUUCAAGCAGCGCGGCUUCAAGGGCAAGGACCUGCUCAAGAGCCGCCAGCUCGAGGAACUUCCCGAGACGAUGGGCCUCCCGGCCGCGAGCGUCUACAUGGCUCUCCUCUUCCUCUUCAUCCCCUUCCGCUACUUUACCUCGCCCACCUCGCAGGCUGGCCACUCUGCGGCAGCUGCGGGCUUCGGACUGGAUCCGGGGCCGCUCAAAGAUCCCAUAGGAUGGGAGGGCAGGAUGGACGGCAAGCGCGACUUUCCCCACCACGAGCUGGCAAGCUACCUCUCUGCGCUCCUCACGUUCCUCUGUGCCAUCGUGCUCGGCUUCCUCGACGACGUCUUUGACAUCCGGUGGCGCUACAAGCUCCCCAUCCCCAUCAUCGCCAGCAUCCCGCUGCUGAUGAUCUACUACGCGGGCGGCGGCGGCACGACGGUCGUCAUGCCCAGCUGGCCCGAGAGCCUGCGCGCCUGGCUGGGCACAUCGAUUAUCGAUCUCGGCCCGCUCUACUACGUCUACAUGUCGCUCCUCUCAACGUUCUGCACAAACAGCAUCAACAUCUUGGCGGGCAUCAACGGCGUCGAGGUGGGGCAGGCGCUCGUCAUCUGCAUCUCGCUGUGCAUCAACUCCCUCCUCUACCUCGAUCCGCGCGCCGGCCUACCGGGCAGCUUCGCGUCCGAGGAGCUGCUGCGUCGCCACCUCUUCAGCCUCUAUUUCCUGCUGCCGCUCUCGGGCGUCUGCCUGGGCCUGCUGGCGUGGAACCGGUACCCGGCGCGCGUGUUUGUGGGCGACACGUUUUGCUACUUUGCCGGCAUGGUCUUUUCCGCCGUGGGCAUCCUGGGCCACUUCAGCAAGACGCUCCUCCUGUUUUUCGCACCGCAGAUCUUCAACUUCCUCCUGAGCUGCCCGCAGCUGUUUGGCCUCGUGCCCAACCCGCGCCAUCGCGUGCCGAGGUUCGACGCAAGUACCAACAGCCUGUACCCGUCCAUUACGGAAUUCAGCGACGGCACGACCCUUCCGCUGCGCACCGAGGGGAAAGGCGUGGUGGUGGUGGCGAGCCAGCCGAAAAAAGUGGCAUCCGGCUCGACAGUCGUCAUACUCCGACUGCUCGAAGCGGCAAGACUGGUCCAACUCGAAUGGCACCACCCCCCUUCCUCGUCGUCUUCCUCGUCGUCGUCGUCGCCGAGAGGAAGGGGAAAGAGGAGGUUGAAGAGCACGACCAACCUCACCCUCCUCAAUGCCAUCCUCGUCUUUCGCGGCGUACGACAUCGACCCUCCUCCUCCACCACCACCAUCGCCCCUGUCCAUGUCGGUGUCGGUGUCGACACAGGGAAGAUCAACGACGACGGGGCAAGGCCGUAUACCGGUCCGAGCAUCUCCGAGUUGGGGCUGUGGUACCACGUCAUGGCCGUCCAGGCCCUCGGAUCCCUCCUCGCCUUUGCGGUGCGCUACCGCGUCGCCGCCCUCGUCUUCCCCACGUCCUAG